CUCAUGACUCCAGCAUCUGGCUCGCUCGCUGCUCUUUCCUCACUUCCUUCGCUGGAUCUGCGGACGGGGAAACUUUCCUCUGCGGAAAGAAGACGCAGGAGCGUGCACAGCGGCCCAGAUGUUCGCGGUCUGAGCGGCCUCCUCUCCGUCCGUCCCGAUCCUGGACUCGCCACUCCGCCUCCCGGCGCCGCGGCGGGCGGAGCGCAGCGCCGCCGGCCCGGGCGCCACAAAGACGCAGCAGGGAUGCAUUUUCACAGGCGGGCUGUGAAGCCGGCGGCGGAGAGGACGAGGGGAAAGCUGCGGGCUGAGGACUGCGACUAGAGCCAGGGUGGAGAAGAUGGCGGCCCUGAGGCGGAUGUUCCACGUGAAAGGAGACGUGCUGUGCACGGCGCUGCUGCUGCUGCUCUUCUGCCUGCUGCUCUACGCCCGCCAGGCCGUGCUGUCCUCCGGGUCCGACGCCACGCUGUGGAGGCUGGAGGUCCACGGCUCCACCAGCUCCAACAGGAACCUGCUGGGAGCCGGCGGGGCCACGGGCCUGCAGGAGCCCGGCACGACUUCGUCCGGCCCCCAGGAGCCACAGCUGCCGGUCUGUAAAUCCCAGACCAAGUCCAAACCUGCUCAGUCCAAACCCAAAUCCAAACCUCAGAGCAAGUCUAAGACCAAGUCCAAGACCCGCAAGAAAAAUGCAGCGCCGACCAAGGCGGCGGGAAAUCCGCCGCCGACCAUGCCCCCCUUCGACUUCCAGGGCUACCUGAGAGAGAAGGACAAGAGGAAGUUCCGGCUGCUCAUCGACCAGCCGGAUAAAUGUCAGCUGACGGGAGCAGAGGAGGAGGAGGAGGAGGAGGAGGAGGAGGGAGGAGGAGCGUCGGGCUCGGUGGAGGCUCCCUACAUGCUCAUCGCAGUGAAAUCCGUCGCUGCAGAUUUCCACAAACGCCAGGUGGUCCGUCGGACGUGGGGCAGAGAGGGACACUUCCAAAACGACGUGUCGAUCCGGACGGUCUUCCUGCUCGGGGUUCCCAGGAACCGCUCGGCUCUGCCUCUGUGGGAGCAGCUCCUGGCCUACGAGAGCGACGCCUACAAGGACAUCCUGCUGUGGGACUUCGAGGACACGUUCUUCAACCUGACCCUGAAGGAGACGCACUUCCUGGAAUGGGUCAACAGCAGCUGUCCUCACGUCAAGUUCAUCUUCAAAGGCGACGCCGACGUGUACGUGAACAUCGAAAACAUCCUUGAGAUGCUCCGGGGUCAGAAAUGGGACGAGGAUCUGUUCGUGGGGGAUAUCAUCAUCCAUGCCAAACCCAUUCGCCGGCGCACAUCCAAAUACUACGUGCCGGAGUUCGUGUAUGGAGGAGGUUUGUACCCGAACUACGCCGGAGGAGGAGGCUUCGUCAUGUCGGGACAUACAGCUCGAAGACUCAGCUCCGCCUGCCAGCAGGUGGAGUUGUUCCCGAUCGACGACGUCUUCCUGGGAAUGUGCCUCCAGGUGAUCGGCGUCAAACCGUCGCGCCAUCAGGGCUUCCGGACCUUCGGGAUCCCGCGGCCGUCGGCGGCGCCCAACCUCCAGACCUUCGAUCCCUGCUUUUACCGGGAACUCAUGGUGGUCCACAGCCUCAGCGUGCCGCAGAUCUGGCUCAUGUGGAACCUCCUGCACGACCCCAAGCUGAGCUGCCACAACCGGACCAAGCUGACGUCCUGGCCCUUUAAAUGGCGGGAGGGCACGGAAGAGGCGGAGGCCCAGGAAGAGGCGGACUACGGAGAAAAGCAGGUGUUUGUCACGCAUUAGUGACGGACUGCCGGGGCCUGGUGGAUCCUCAAAUUGAAAACAAAAAAGGUUAAAGCUCAGGAUUUGAGGCCACUUUGAUCUGUUAGAAACAUUCCUUUGUGUCACAGGAGACUUGAUCCGGCCGGCAGACGGUCUUUUAGGGGGGAAAUGAAUUGGCGAAAGCUUGGCCUGCUCCAGAUUGUUCAUGGAGGAAGUCCGUGGGGAGAUGAGGCUUCGGCCAUCAGAGUCCGUCUGUCUCGUUCACACAGACUGGGAUGAGUAGAGAAGACUGCGAUCAGACGGAAUGUCGACAGACCUUUGAAUGUGUUACCACAGUUUGCACAGCGGUCCACCAGGACGACUCGACCCAUGCGGUUAGCCGGCUUAACCUCAUUCAGACGCAGAAGAAACGCUUCACACCGACGAGAGAGAAUGCACCGCUCUGCCGGUUUGCUGCUUACUUCAG